AUGGAGAGUCUGAGAAAUAAAAUAAGGAUGGAGGGUUGUUUUGUAGUUGAUUCUAUAGGGAAGAGAGGUGGAUUGGGGUUAUUCUGGAAAGGGAAAGAUGAGGUAGAAAUAAUCAACUACUCGCAAUGGCAUGUUAGUGCAAGAGUCUAUGAAGACAAUGGAGGAAGUUGGGUUUUCACGGGUUUCUAUGGGCAUCCAGAUGCAACUAAAAGAAGGAAUUCAUGGGACCUGUUGGCAAGGCUAAAACCACAGAAUAAUGAAGCCUGGUGUGUAGCUGGGGAUUUUAAUGAGAUACUGUCUCAAGAAGAAAAAAGGGGAGGUAGCUUAAGAGCUGAGUCACAAAUGGUCCAAUUUAGGGAAGCUUUGGAGGUAAAUGGAUUAUAUGAUGUGGGAUAUGUUGGAAAUCCUUUUACGUGGAGUAAUGGUCAUUCAGAUCUUACUUUCACUAAGGAGAGACUUGAUAGAUUUGUAGUUAAUAAUGGUUGGAAGUAUAGAUUUAAGGAGGUGAAGGUGGAAGGGUUGGUGGCAAGAUGUUCAGACCAUAAACCGAUGCUAUUAACUGUAGUAGAGGCUGGUGGUAUGAGGAGAAGAAGAAGAUACGUGUUUAGAUUUGAGGCCAGCUGGAUUAAAGAGGAUGAAUGUGGGAGGUUAAAAAAGAUGCAAGAGGAUGAAGGCCCAGAUAAUGUUGUAGAAAUUCGAAGCUUGCAGCAAGAGGUAGGAAAGUUGUUGGAGCAGGAAGAUGUGAAGUGGAGACAAAGGGCAAAGAGGAAUUGGUACAGCCAAGGAGAUAAGAAUACUAAGUUCUUCCAUGCUUGUGCCAGUCAAAGGAAGAGGAAGAACAAAAUUUUUUCUGUGCUAGAUCCCCAGUCAGUAUUGAGAGAAGGAGAUGAAGAGGUAGCUGAAGCUUUUAGAAAUCAUUUUUCUGAAGUUUAUAAAUCUGAAGUACCUUUGAGAAGUGUUAUGGAGAAGUGUGUGGAGUCAAUAGAGGAAAGAGUUACGGGCACAAUGAGGGAAGAACUGGAAAAGUGUUUUACCAGGGAGGAAUUGGAUCUUGCUUUAAAACAAAUGGGGCCAUACAAAUCCCCUGGUCCAGAUGGUUACAGUGCUUGUUUUUACCAAUCCUUUUGGAGCAUAGUAGGUGAUGAUGUUUGUGAUGCAGCUCUCAGUUUCUUAAAUGGGGGAAAGCUGGAGAGAACUUUGAAUUUUACCUAUGUGGCUUUAAUUCCAAAGAUUUCAGAACCAAAGAAGGUGGGAGAUUUUCGGCCAAUAAGCUUAUGCAAUGUUUUGUACAAAUUGAUUGCAAAAGCAAUGGCAAAUAGAUUGAAAAGGGUACUGCAGAAUAUUAUUUCAAAAAAUCAGAGUGCCUUUAUUCCGGGUAGGCUGAUUUCAGACAAUACUAUUGCAGCCUAUGAAACUUUGCAUUCAAUGAAGACAAGGCUGAAAGGGAGAAUAGGCAGUAUGGCAUUAAAAUUGGAUAUCUCUAAAGCUUAUGACAAAGUUGAAUGGCCUUUCCUGAAGUGUAUAAUGGAGAAGCUUGGUUUUGGAGCUAGAUGGGUUAAUUUGAUAAUGGAGUGUGUAUCAUCAGUGUCAUAUGCUGUGUUAGUAAAUGGAGAGCCAGGGCAAGUGAUCCAUCCUACGAGAGGGCUUAGACAAGGGGAUCCACUAUCCCCUUAUUUGUUUCUACUAUGCGCUGAGGGAUUGAGUUCUUUAAUAAAUGGGGCUGAGGCAAGAGGGGAAAUAAAGGGAGUAGCAGUGGCAAGGGGAGGAAUGAAACUCACACACCUACUGUUUGCAGAUGAUUGUAUAAUAUUUGGAAGGGCAUGUUGGGAAGAGUGGCAGAAAAUUAAUGACAUCUUGAAGUUGUAUGAGGAGGCAUCGGGUCAAAGCUUAAACAAGCAGAAAACUUCCAUUAUGUUUAGUUCAAAUGGAUGUAGAAAGGAGUGGGAUAAAAUUGUGAGAGAUUUGGGAGCUAGGGUGCAGAAUAAUUGUGAAAAAUACUUAGGUUUACCUAUAAUGGUAGGUAGAUCAAAGUACAAUACCUUUCGGGGUAUAAAAGAUAGAGUCUGGCUCAAGCUCAGUAAUUGGAAGAACCAAUUUCUUUCACCAGCAGGGAAGGAAAUUCUGUUAAAAGCGGUAGUUCAAGCAAUCCCAACCUAUCAUAUGAGUGUGUUUCUGCUUCCUAAAAGAUUGUGUAAGGAAAUUGCUGGAGAGCUAGAGAGUUUUAACAAAGCUCUUCUAGCAAAACAAGUGUGGAGAGUCUUAACAAACCCAAGUUCAGUUGCUGCAAGGAUUCUCAAAGACAAGUAUUUCAAGAAUACUAGUGUGCUGAAUACAAAAUUAGGAGCCUAUCCUUCUAUGAUAUGGAGAAGCCUUAGGAGUUCUCUUGAGCUCUUGAAGGGGGGGUUAGUUUGGCGAGUGGGAAAUGGGAAAUCAAUAAAAAUUUGGGGGGAUAAGUGGAUUCCUAGAUUUUCUUCUUUCAAAGUUCAGUCACCUUUGAAAAUACUGGAGCGAGAAGCAAAGGUGGAGAAGCUUAUAGAAGAGGGGUGUGGGAGAUGGAAGGCUGACUUGAUUAAGGAAAUUUUUACAGAGGAAGAGGCAGAUUUAAUUCUAAAUACUCCCAUCAGUCAAACUAAUUUGGAUGAUAAACAAAUCUGGGCUCCUUCAAAGAAAGGUCAGUACACGGUAAAAUCGGCUUAUCAUUUUGAACUGUGCAGGAAAAGAUUAAUUGGUGGGGAAUCCUCAUACUAUAAUGUUGAAAAUAAGGGGUGGAAGAGUAUUUGGCAAAUGAAUACCCCGGGAGUUAUUAAAAUGUUUGUAUGGAAAGCCAUUAAUAACUGUUUACCAACAAAGUGGAACCUGUAUAAGAGAAGGGUUACAAAAGACCCUCUUUGCCCCAUCUGUGUUAAUAAAGAAGAAACAGUUUGCCAUGUCUUAUGGAACUGUCCAGCGGCGGUGGAUGUAUGGGCUGAGGUUGAUAGUCCUGUUCAGAAAUGGCCUACGGGUGAGACUGACUUGGGGCAGUUAUGGAAUAAAGUGGUAGAAAGAUGUGGUGAGGAUGAAGUGGUAUUAAUAGCUACUGUCAUGCGAAAUAUAUGGCUGAGGAGGAAUUCUUUGGUUUUUGAAGAUGAUUUUUCCAGUCCAGGUGCUUUGUUCAAUAAAGCAAAGAGUAGUAUAGCAGCAUACCAAGAAGCACAAGAAAAGCAAGGUAUGGGAGCAGGCCAUGUUCGAGUACAUAGAGAGAGGGUGAGAUGGAGGGCUCCUAGGGAAGGGGUGGUGAAGGUUAAUUGGGAUGCUGCCUAUGAAUUAAAAAAUAAAAGGAUGGGGUUAGGUGUGGUCAUUCGUGAUGGAGAAGGGGAAGUACUGGUCUCUCUAUGUAAACCAAGCUCUUAUUCAGUGUCUGCUGCUGUAGCUGAAGCUGAAGCUUUGUGGCGAGCUAUGCUGCUCUGUAUAGAAUUGAAUUUUGGGGAGGUUGUCUUUGAAGGAGAUGCUUUGGGCAUCAUUCAAGCUGCAUGCAGUACAGAGGAGAUAUGGGAAUGGUAUGGUCAGAGACUAGAGGACAUCAGAGGAUUAUUAAAACGGAGACCCUUGUGGACAGUGAUACAUACAUAUAGAGAAGGUAACAUUGUAGCUGAUUUUUUAGCAAAAUUUGCUCUUACUGUAGAUAAGGAGAAAGUGUGGAUAGAAGAUGGUCCAUGUGGAUAUGAAAGUUGUAUUCUACAGGAUAAGUCUUGUAUGAAAAACAUUUGA